AUGAGUGAUCCAUUGGAAACUCCGCCGAGCCAUCCAUUGCAAACCGAUCAGCAAAAACUCGAGGACUUUCUUCGGGAUUUGUACAGAAAGAAUUAUUCAGUUCGACAUGCUCAUUUUGAAGUCUGCAGAAUUAUCAAAAUCGAAACGAACACAAUUCAAUUAGAAGAGGCGAGGAUGGCGGAAAGGUUAGAAUCAACGAGAAGAUUGAAAAGAGAAGGCCCACCGUCGGAUACAGACGAAUCCGCUCCAGACGCCAAAAAAGCUUGUUCUUCAGAAUCUGUCCAUCGACGCAUUCCGGAAGAAAUUGACUUUUACGAUCCAGAAAAAGAAUACAAAGAUGUGGAGGAUGAGCAAGUGGAUAUCAAUUUUGUUAAAGAGUUUUUCCAAAAAGAAGCAGAAAAAGAGUUUCUGGAAUUGAAUAGGAAAUAUGGAGAUAGGAAGAUUGAGCAGUUGGAGGAUGUAUUGAAGUUAUUCCAUCUCCGACGACUAACUCCCAAAUGUUGCGCUUCCGCCGAGAAGUACGUCCUCCCUAUUAAAUCUCUCAAAUGGAUAACUGGAGAUUCGAAUAUCAAAAUUCAAAUAACCGACUAUCAGAAUAAUACAGUUGAGAUCAAAUACUGGCCUGGAGAAGAUUGUUCAUUAGCUGAAUAUGGAAUUGGGAACCCCCCGGUUACUGUAGAUACAGUGGAAUUCAAUCAACUGGCUGCUGCUGACUUUGUUUUCAUUCUCAAGGGACCAAAUCUUAGACUGCAACUAAUGGAGUUUGAUAUUGAGCCGUUUGACAAGUUACCCACCUUCGAAUGCUUUAUUGAAAAUUUCCUAAACCAGGAACUCAGAAAACAACAAGUCCACGUGGCAAAACUGGCUUAUAAAUUCAGCAGCUCGGCUCCUGAUAUCACUUACAGAACAAUUCAACAGUACUUGGCGCCAAAAGUUUUGACAUAUUUGAAAUUUUCCGUAUGGAAGGAUCCAGAUGAAAGCGUCGAGUCGCCGAGAAUCGACUAUUCUGAUUUUGUUGAAUUUGUUCAGUGGAAACAAGCGACUCAUUUGGAAAUUCAAGAAACGAAUUUAGGGCUCGACUGGCAACAUUUUUAUCAUUUUGAAGUUAUCAGUUUAGAGUCACUGGAUCCAGAAGACGUGGAAAAUAUGUGUCAGACAUUCAAAGAAGCUCGCUAUCAACCAACAAAAGGGAUCACUAUAAAUGUUGAGAGGAAACUCGAUUUCGAAGGAAUCAAAUCCAAAUUAGAAGGGAUUGGAAACAUCGAUGAUUCGGAAAAAUCGAUCGAAUUUCUGUCGGGUGAUAAGAAGAUGAUUGUGAAGUUUGAGGAUUUUUAUAUUAUGCUCAAAAUGGACUGGAAAACGUUACCUUCCGGCCAAACAUAUGGAGAUUUUAUUGAAAAUUUGUUCAAUGAAAGAGUUCCAUUUCGAGAAGCGCAUAGACGAUUAUUGCAGGAGAUUGACAACAGUCUACAAGGACAAUCUUCUACAAGUAGUCAAAGAUCUGGAAUGAAACGUCCAAUGGAUGCUUCAGAAGAGCCAAAACCUUCAAAAACUGUCAGACAAGAACAGCCAGAAGCGCCAAUCCCUGAAGAGCCUCCUGGAAAUCUAAAUGAGCGACAGCGUUUUGUGCAAAGAUGGAAACGAGAACGAGUCGAAUACUAUCCGGGAAUAUACGAUCCACAGAAUGAAUUACCGGAAAAAACCGACCAUAUCAUUCAAAUUGAACAAGUCAGAGAUUACUAUGAAGAAUUGGCACAAGCAAUGAUGGAUGGUUAUCCUCGUGAUCAGAAUGCUUUUGGUUUUGGGUCGAAGAGAGAUGUUUGGGAUCUAUUGUUCUUUCGAAUGAUCUCUCCCCGAUGUUGCGCGUCUGCUGAAAAAUUUGCCAUAAAAAGCAUUACAAGGCUGAAAAUUGUGAUUUUCUUGGACAAAGUUGAAAUCAAAAUUCAAGAUGACGAUAGAAAAAUGUUGAUCGAGUACAGAAGAAACGAACGCGGGAAAGAAGAAGUGAAGAAAAGGAGAAUAGGUGAAGAACAGAUAAUUGAAUACGACACUCCUAGCUACAAGAUUCUGGCGGCUUGUGAUUUCUAUUUUCUCCUGAGAAUGCCGUUGUUAAAACUGGAAAGACUUGGAAUCAAAAUGUAUGACAUGCCAACCCCCACUUUGCCUCGAAGACAUCGUCGAUAUGUUGAUAUUUCUCUGUUAAGAAUUAUCAUUAGACUGAUAGCCGAAAAGAAACCGAGCCCACUGAGAGUGGAGGAGAAGCUCACGUAUAUGUUCACUCGAGAAUUCCUCGUUUUGAAUGAAGACCCAAUCCAAGUAGAUCCCUUAAUAAAUAUGUUGGAGUGUGGAUAUCUGAAGACAAUUAAACUUCGUGUUUGGGAUGAUUCUGAGGUUUAUCUAGCCAACAAUUACCCUAACAUGACACAUUUUCUCGCAAAUAGUCGCUUUAGUAUUGAUUACCUUCGGCCAUUUUUCAUAUGGAAAAAUACCGAGACACUGAACCUUCGAGGUUGUUUUAUUUUCACACCAAACGACAAUUUCGAAUGGAAAUUUGUGUAUUUUUUCCAAAAAAUUAUAGUCUAUGAAUUAUCUGCUGAUGAUGUAUGGGAUGCGCAGCAAAAUCUCCAAUUGGAAGAAAAUGAACACCAGCGAUACACUGUGAUUUGUGAUGAGGAAGAGGAAUUGAUUCCCGAUGAAAUUGGAAGAACAAGAGGUGCAAGACGAAUCCCAGGAAAUUUUGAUAAACAUACUUCACUUGGUUUCCCGUUGAAACAUACUCGAAGAGACAGAAAUGGAAUGACAUAUGUUUUGAAAAUGGGAAAGAAUGAAAUCAACGUCACUGUCAGACCAACGACGGAUAGUGAUUAA